CCGCCUCAUCUAGCAUCGUCAUCAGCCUUCCUCUUUUUCUUCCUCCCACCAACAACUCUAAAUAUCUCUAUCAAUAGUGAUCCAGUUGUCAAUAUGCCUACUUAUACAAUUGCCAGUGGAGAUACCUUGUGGAAGAUCUCUCAAGAUCAUGGCGUGACUUUGGCUGCCCUCACCGCAGCCAACCCACAGCUGACCAACCCGGAUCUCAUCUAUCCUGGCCAGGAGCUACAGAUCCCAUCGGACUCAGCUCCUGCACCUGAGCCGGAGGCUCGGGUUCCAAAUGAGGCUCCUCGAGAUCUGGCCAGCCCUGCUGCCCCUGUUUCCGGUUACAAUGUCACACGUGCUCCUCCUGCUCCCCCGCAGAUGGUUCCGCCACCCGCUCCCGGCGUCGCCCAUGGACCGGCCUACAAGACUGUUGCAUACUUCACCAAUUGGGGUGUUUAUGGCCGUAACUACCAACCGCAGGACAUCCCAGCCGAGUACAUCACGCACAUCCUAUAUUCCUUCGCAAACAUCCGGCCCACUGGCGAAGUCUUCCUAACAGACACGUACUCCGAUCUCGAAAAACAUUACCCCACCGACUCCUGGGACGAAUCCGGCACAAACGCCUACGGCUGCAUCAAACAGCUUUUCCUUCUCAAAAAGCGCCACCGUCACCUCAAAACCAUCUUGUCCAUCGGCGGCUGGACCUACAGCGCCAAUUUCGCCCAACCCGCCUCCACUCCCGAGGGCCGGCAGACGUUUGCCCGCUCCGCCGUCCACCUCCUCGCCGACCUGGGAUUUGACGGUCUCGAUAUCGACUGGGAAUACCCUGCUGACCCCAAACAAGCGGCAGACUUUGUCCUCCUCCUUCGAGAAACCCGUCUCGAACUCGACCGCUACGCCGCGCACCUCCGCCUCCCCUCCCGCCUGUUGCUGACGAUCGCCGCCCCCUGCGGGCCCACCCACUUCUCGAAGCUCCAGAUCCGGGACAUGGACCCGUACCUCGACUUCUGGAACCUUAUGUGCUACGACUUUUCAGGCAGCUGGGACAAGCACGCAGGUCACAUGGCCAACGUCUUCCCCGCCCCGGGGUACGACCAGCUCACCCCCUUCAGUGCAGACCGAGCCGUCCACGCGUACGUUUCGCAAGGCGUGCACCCGAGCAAGCUCAUCUUCGGGAUGCCCUUAUACGGGCGCGCGUUCGAGAACACCGAGGGCCUCGGUCUCCCGUUCCAGGGCGUCGGCGAGGGGUCCUGGGAGAACGGGGUGUGGGACUACAAGGCGCUCCCGCCCGCGGGACAUCAGGAAUUCGUGGACGGGAAUCUGCUGGCGAGUUGGAGUCAUGCGCCCGGUGACCAGAAACUGGUGAGCUACGAUACGCCGCAGGUGGCCGACAUGAAGGUCGAGUAUAUCAAGCGACGGGGCCUAGGCGGAGCCAUGUGGUGGGAGCUGAGCGGGGAUCACCCAGUGUCGCAUGAGCGGAGUCUGAUUCGCACGACGGUGAACGGGUUCAUGCGCACCGGCGAUCUGGAUCGAACCCCAAAUACCCUGGUAUACCCCAUGAGUCAGUUCGAGAACUUGCGGAGGGGGCUUGAGUAGUUAGCUCUACUGCUGUCUUGGCGGGCGCUUGUAUAGUCCGUUCGUCUAUCUUGGUGUAUGCACAUGUGUUGUAUAGUAGCAAGCCCAGCUUCAAGCACCGGCCGG